AUGUAUGAUAAUCAAGCUGCAAUAGUAUUGGUAGUUGAACUAAGGUUCUACAGCAAGUCAAGGCACAUUAAAGAUCAAUAUCAUAGAGUAAGAGAAGAGAUAACAGCUGGUGAAGUAGAAGUUGGUUACAUUCCAUCUGAGGCUAUGCAUGCAGAUCCAUUAACCAAAGGCUUGGGGGCAAAUGAUUUUAUGAGAAACCCGAAUCCGCAAAUCCUUGUUCGUCGGACCAAUGGUAAGCUUCUUGCCCUUACUGAUGAUACUUGGGACCUCAGUGGGAGCAUCUCUCCUUUGCUUUUCUCUGGCCUCAAGUACCUGGAGUAUCUUGAUCUUAGUUGGAAUAACUUUCACCAGUUUAAGAUACCGGAUCAGCUGGGAGACCUCCUUGGCCUUAAGUAUCUGAAUUUAUCGAAUGCUGGUUUUUCCGGUGCAAUUCCAAACCGCCUGAGUAAUUUAUCUUCCUUGCACACACUAGAUCUUUCUUGCGCUUUUUUUGUUGAUGUAGGUCAUCGAUUUCAGCUUACUGAUCUUAGGUUUCUUGCACUGAAUGGGGCUAAUCUUUCCAUUGCGUCAUCUGCAAAGUGUAAAGACUGGGCUGUGCCCAUAUCACUUUUGUCGAAGCUCAAAGUACUGAGUCUUUCUAAUUGUUCGAUUUCAGGUCCAAUUCCUAUUAAUCAUCUCCUCAACAUCGCAUCUCUCUCAUCUCUAUAUCUUGGUUUCAACUUGUUUUUCUCCACUAUCCCACCUCGGCUUGUGAACCUCACUUUUCUAUCAGAUCUGGAUAUUAGCAAUUCUCAUGUUCGAGGUUCCAUUCAACACCUUCCUCAAAUACAUAUGCUCAAUGCUGGUGGUAAUCAUGAUCUCCUUCAAUUCUGCAAUACUAGUGGGAUUGUCAAACAAUAUGGGAAAUAUUUCUUCUCUAGUGGUACUAUACUAGCAAACAACAACAUUGAAGGACCCAUGCCUCCAUACCUGACAAACCUCUCAAACUUAGAGUACAUAGACCUCUCCUUUAAUAGCUUAACGGGAGUAAUUCCUUCCUCUAUUUCCCAUAUUGGGAACCUGCAAGCACUAAACUUAUAUCAGAAUAGCCUUGAAGGCCAAAUUCCCUAG